CAGACCUGUUUAGAUUGCUUCCUCGUAUGAGGUGUCAGCCUACUCCGAGUCUCGGCCAACAGUCCAACCGUACCCGCUCCCUUCACCAGUCAAGCAAUCAUGAAGAGCUUUGACCCUUCAUCUGGCCUCGUCUUUAGGGAAAGUACGACGGCUUCUAUUCGUUCAAUGAUACCAACAUGGAUAAGCAAUUCUCGUGGUAGAAGGGUGGACCCAUCAAAACACCGCCGGCAAGCUCGAGGAUGCGAUACCCUGCAAGCAAUGGUUCUCCGUGCUUGUGUCUGGAACAUUGACAACAUGGAAGUUGAAGCUCUACAGUGGCUCGGAUGGCCCUAUGCCAGCCGCUUAUACGACCAUAUUAGGUACAACGACACGCUGAGCUUCCGUACAUGGAGUCUCUUCCAGAAAGCUUUUCCAGAAGAUAUCGGUCGUCACUCUAGUUUCCGAGUCCAGGACAGCUCUGGAGGUUUCCUACCCUCUGUCGUGGAACGAUUGGCCAAGCUCGACGCCCACACGCUGACUUUUCUCUGUAUUUGUAUCUCCGACAUCACCAUCGAUCAACUUGUUGCCCUCAACAAGAUCGAGACGCUGGCGGUCCUCGCAUUAGAAGUUGGAAGAAGCCAACGGAACGCAGCGAUAUCUCUUCAGAUGCUGCGCGACUGGGGACGAAGUGUGGGCGAAAGUGGUGCAAUGAAGAGUCUGCGGGUACUCGUGAUCAAUAACUAUAUCAGGCUUCCGAAAAGACCAGUCUUGGAUUUUAUCUCGUCCUUUCCAAGCUUGAAGCUGGUUGGCAUUCACAGUCCACAGCUACCCGAGGCUGCUGAUUGUGGGGAAGACUGGCGCAUACAUCCAGCUCCAGAACUCGUUAGCGAAUGGAGCAAUUCCAGUAUAAAGAGAAACUCCGCCAUGCAGCAACUGUACGAAACCUCCUUUGAGCCCUCUUCUAAAGCCUCUUUCGAAACCUCAAGAGAUGCUACUACCGAAGGCUGCAAGACAUACCGGUCCCUUUCCUUUCAGUAUACUCAAGGGAGCAAGAAUGCACGAGACGACGACGUGGCGUGGUUUGUACGGAAGCAACAAUAUGAUCGACCAAGCAAGCGUGCCGGCGAAUACAAAUCUCCACCAGAUGGCAGGAAAAGGAGGGUACGUAACGACAAGAAAGUCGACAUGGGUUCGCUGCUAGGUAGUUUUGUUUGAUCACGGUACAAGCCAGAAACCAUACGGUCUGUUAUGGGAGUGCCAAUAAGAUGUUAUCAUACAACCCGGAGGCACUCAGACUCUAUUCGGGUAUUGGUAUUCGUAGAGAAAGAGGUUGUAUACCGCCAGGCUAUCUCGUUUCACACGCGAUCUACCGCCUGAGCUCUGUCACGCCUUCCGAUGCUGUUGAAGCUGUUCCACCAUACACUCUUUACACACUUCCAUUCACCUUCAUGUGAGACGGAAUUGCAUGUGUUCUUAUCCAGAUCGACCU